AUGAAGCUCAGUCUCACCUUGGCGCUGGCCGCCGCUGCCAUCACGACCGUCUCGUCUGCCAUCUGCAAGGGCCUCGCACCCCCGUCGUACACCGACGCUGUGAAAACCAACCCGCAGUUCGCGCCGGCCAUCGACAUGAUCAAGCAGUACCCGGUCGCCAACUGGUAUGUCGACUGCGGCAGUGACUCGAUCAAUGAGCUCAUGGCCACGUGCCCCAAUGACACCCCUGUCAUCAUCAUCUACGGUCUGCCCCAGAAGGACUGCGCGUCGAGCUCGAGCAACGGCAAGAACACCAACGCCGACCAGUACAAGGCGUGGGUCCAGUCGUUGGCCAACAAGGUUGGCAACCGCAAGGUCAUUUACAUUUUGGAGCCGAACGCCAUUGGCCUCUACUCGACCGGCGACGGCGACAAGUGCGCUAAAAAGUACGGAUACCAAGAGAACCUCGCCGCGGCCACGAGCAUCCUCGCGGCCAACAGCAACGCGCAGAUCUACGCGGAUGUCGCGGGCUGGGCCUUCCAGGAACCUGCCAUCAAGGCCCUCAAGAAAAUCGGCAAACUCGGCAAGCUCACGGGUAUCCCGAUCAACACGUCCAACUACAAGCAAACGGUUGACAUGAACCAGCUGUGCCAGUCGUACUCGCGGCAGACGGGUGGUCUUCACUGCAUCAUUGACACGUCGCGCAACUUUAACGGGUCGCCGCAGAACGAGUGGUGCAACGCACGGUCGGCCGGGAUUGGCGCGCCGCCGACGGACAAGACGGGCAACCCACUCGUCGACUACUACCUCUGGCUCAAGGUCCCCGGCGAGUCGGACGGGCAGUGCGUGGGCCAGUCGAGCGACUCGAGCGCCGGUCCCGACGCCGGUCUCUUCUUUCCCGACGGCUUCCAGCGUCUCUGGAACCAGGGCUACUUUGUGGCGGGAGGUGCACCCAAGAUCGGCCAAGCCCCGGCGCCGACCCCAGCAUCUUCUAGCAGCCAGUGCACGAUUGAAGCCAACACCGACUACUACGGCAACGACCUCAGUCGGCACCCCGUGAGUGGCGACGCAAACAGCUACGUGAGCGUCUGCUGCGACAAGUGCUCGACAACGAGCGGUUGUGCCGGCUUUACGAUCAACGACGGCUUCUGCUACCUCAAGAGCAAGCUCGAAAACAAGAGCUCGAGCAAGACAGCCGUUUCGGGCAGCCGGUCGAGUGGAUCGUGCGGUGCGACCGAGGCCAACACCGACUACUACGGCAGUGACCUCACCCGGCACCCGGUGAGUGGUGACGUCAACAACCAAGCCCGAUUUUGCUGCGAUAAGUGCUCGGCAACGGGUGGUUGUGCCGGCUUUACGGUCAACGACGGCUUUUGCUACCUCAAGAGCAAGCUCGAAAACAAGAUUUGGAGUGCGACGGCCGUCUCGGGCAGCCGGUCGUCUUCGCGCCUACGCCGUGCUUGAUGCCGCUGAUGUAUCCGUCGAUGCCAUGAUAUCGAAUCAAUAAUGCCUCCAAAAUGCAUAAUACAUCAUCAUGUUGACAUUCCUGAAA